AUGAUCCUUCAUGCAAGGAAGCGAGCCCAGGAAAUCACUAAUAUCAAGGCUUCUCCCACAGCACAUCAUCUCCUUACAGAAAUAGAGCAGUUCCUAGUACCACUGACACAUGACACAACAGGGCAAACAUUCCAAGAGGUGGUCCAGAUGUGGGAGCUAGACUGGUCAAGAAUGAAUGUCAGUAAUGCUCAAUGUGAGGACUGGAUAAAGCCAAGCCUGCUAGACACAAUUCCAUAUCAGGAAAUACUAACCAUAGUUUAUGCCACUAUGGAAAUUAAUGCUGAUUAUUCCCUACUGCCAAAUGUCACACUGGGCUUCAGGAUUCUGGACUCCUGUUACUCUAAGGCACUUGCUGUUGAAUGUGCUUUACGUUUAAUGUCAGAGGUACAAAUAGUUCCCAACUACAGCUGUGGGAAACAAAGGAAGAUGUCAGCAAUAAUUGGAGAAUCCUUCUCUUCAACAACUUUGCCAGUUGCAAGAUUAUUGGGCCUAUAUGGAUUAUCACAGGUAAGCCAUUCCGCUGUACUCCCAAUACUUAGUGACAAGAACCAGUUCCCAUCAUUCCUUCGUACUGUAAUGAAUGGCUAUUCUCAGCCUCUUGGCCUUGUGGAAUUAAUUAAGUUGUUUGACUGGACCUGGAUAGGAAUUAUUUAUGCAGAUAAAGAUUUCAGUGUGCAAGCAAGUCAGCAACUUAAGGAAGCAUUUAUUGAGGCUCAUGCCUGUGUGGCAUUUAAUGAGGUUCUUCCAACAGAACACAGUAGAAAGGCAGUUCUCUCCCUUGUAGAAAAAAUUGUAAAAUCAUCAGCAACUGUAGUUAUAAUUUAUGCUUAUGGACCUCAAGUAGCUCUACUUCUGGAAGAAAUAACUGCACAAAACGUAACAGGGAAAGUCUGGGUUGCUUCUUCAAGCUGGAUUACAGAUUCUGUUGUCUCCAAAAGGGAACUAUGGAAAACACUGCAUGGCACACUAGGAUUUGCAAUGUACAGUGGAGAUAUUCCAGGAUUUAAGGAGUUCCUCUACAGCAUUCAUCCUUUGAAGUACCCCCAUGAUAUUUAUAUGAAGCCAUUUUGGGAGGCUGCUUUCAGCUGCAGAUGGACAGACAGUGAAACUCUUAAGCAAGUGAAAAAAGUAGAAAGUGCUUCUGAGGUGCCAUUCUGCAGUGGAGAUGAGCACGUACAAAUCUUGGACCAGACCAUCUUCCCAGUCGACAAUUUAAGAUUUACCUACACAAUGUUUAAUGCAGUGUACUCCUUGGCGCAUGCAUUGCAUAACUUGCAGACAUGCAGACCUGGUGAAGGACCUUUCAGAAACAACACAUGUGCAGACAGGAACUAUUUUCAGCCAUGGCAGCUUUUGCAUUACGUUAAAAAAGUUCAUUUUGUAAAUAAAGCUGGACAUGAAAUAUAUUUUGAUGUAAAUGGUGAUGCCCCAGUGUUGUAUGAUAUAAUCAAUUGGCAGCUGAGAUCAGAAGAGUCCAUGAAGAGUGUGAAACUUGGAUCUUAUAAAGUGAAUGAUGAUGGGAGUCAGACCCUCAUUAUUAAUAAAAGCACAAUCAUGUGGAGUGCAGGAUAUAUACAGUAUUUCCCACAGACUCCUCAAUCUGUAUGCAGUAGCAGCUGCCCUCCAGGUUACCGGAAAGUUCCACUUCAGGGGAUGCCCAUCUGCUGUUAUGACUGUGUUCAGUGCUCUGAAGGGAAAAUUUCAAAUCAAACAGAUGCUGCAGACUGCAUCAAAUGCUCCGAAGUCUUCUGGUCCAAUGAAGAAAGAAUGGCCUGCAUUUCAAAGCAAGUGGAUUACCUGUCAUACGAAGAUGCUCUGGGUGCUGUAUUAACUGGUGUCAUCAUUUACCUCUCCAUCAUCUCUGCUUCUGUGUUGUUGAUAUUUAUUGUAUAUCGUGACACACCUAUAGUGAGAGCAAAUAACCAGGACCUCAGCUACUUUCUCCUUGUAGCUCUGAUUCUCUGCUUUCUGUGCUCUUUGCUUUUUAUUGGAAAACCAAACAAUUUAAAUUGUAAAGUCAGGCAAUCUGCAUUUGGCAUAACCUUUUCAGUGUGUAUCUCUUCCAUAAUGGCAAAAACUAUCACUGUUGCGGUUGCAUUUGGUGCAACAAGGCCAGGCAGUUUCCAGAAAAGAUGGGUGGGAUCUAAGAUACCAAGUCUUAUCAGCCUGUUUUGUUCUACUCUGCAGAUUUUCAUCUGCUCUGUUUGGCUGGGAAUGUCAUCACCUUAUCCAGUGAAAAAUUUGAAUGUUUACAAGAACAAAAUAAUCCUAGAAUGUAAUGAAGGUUCUAUUACAAUGUUUUAUUGUAUGCUAGGAUACCUUGGACUACUGGCUAUUGUAUGCUUCAUAAUUGCAUUUAUAGUACGAUCACUACCAGACAGAUAUAAUGAAGCUAAGUUCAUUACUUUUAGCAUGUUAAUUUUUAUUAGUGUUUGGUUGUCAUUUAUACCAGCGUAUAUGAGCACCAAAGGGAAAUAUGUAGCUGCUGUGGAGAUAUUUGCAAUUUUGUCAUCAGGAACUGGGUUACUGAGCUGUAUUUUUUUUCCGAAGUGUUACAUCAUGCUUCUAAGACCAGAAUUAAAUACCAAAGUCUCUGCAAAACAGAAAGGACAUUGA